GGGGGCGGGGGCGCCGAGGCUGCGCCGCCGCCGCCGCCUUUGUUGCAGGCCCGCCGGGGGAGGCGGGCGGCGCCGGCUCUCGCCGCCCGGCAGAGAUGGAGUCCACAGCGUACCCUCUCAAUUUGACCCUGAAAGAAGAGGAAGAGGAAGAAGAGAUUCAGAGCCGGGAACUGGAGGACGGCCCGGCAGACAUGCAGAAAGUACGAAUCUGCUCUGAGGGCGGAUGGGUACCGGCCCUAUUUGAUGAGGUGGCCAUAUAUUUUUCCGAUGAAGAGUGGGAGGUUUUGACGGAGCAACAAAAGGCCCUCUACCGGGAAGUCAUGAGGAUGAAUUAUGAAACUGUCCUGUCCCUGGAAUUCCCAUUCCCUAAGCCAGACAUGAUCACCCGGUUGGAAGGGGAGGAGGAGUCUCAGAAUUCUGACGACUGGCAGCUCCAAGGAGGCACCUCUGCAGAAAAUGAAGAAUCUGACGUAAAGCCUCCAGACUGGCCACACCCAAUGAAUGCUACCUCCCAGUUUCCUCAGCCUCAGCACUUUGACAGCUUUGGCCUCCGUCUGCCUCGGGAUAUCACAGAGCUGCCCGAGUGGAGUGAGGGGUACCCCUUCUACAUGGCCAUGGGCUUCCCAGGGUAUGACCUCUCUGCUGACGACCUAGCUGGGAAGUUUCAGUUCAGCCGGGGCAUGCGGCGCAGUUACGACGCAGGGUUCAAGCUGAUGGUGGUGGAAUAUGCCGAGAGUACCAACAACUGCCAGGCUGCCAAGCAGUUUGGAGUAUUGGAAAAAAACGUUCGAGACUGGCGCAAAGUGAAGCCACAGCUUCAAAACGCCCACGCCAUGCGGCGAGCAUUCCGAGGCCCCAAGAACGGGAGGUUUGCUCUGGUGGACCAGCGUGUGGCCGAAUAUGUCAGAUACAUGCAGGCCAAAGGGGACCCCAUCACCCGCGAGGCGAUGCAGCUGAAAGCUCUUGAAAUCGCCCAGGAAAUGAACAUUCCAGAGAAAGGGUUCAAGGCAAGCUUAGGUUGGUGUCGAAGAAUGAUGAGAAGGUAUGACCUGUCUCUGAGGCAUAAAGUGCCCGUGCCCCAGCACCUGCCGGAAGACCUGACUGAGAAACUCGUCACUUACCAACGCAGUGUCCUGGCUCUGCGCAGGGCGCAUGACUAUGAGGUAGCUCAGAUGGGGAAUGCAGAUGAGACGCCCAUUUGUUUAGAGGUGCCAUCACGGGUAACUGUUGAUAACCAGGGCGAAAAGCCUGUCUUGGUCAAGACACCAGGCAGGGAAAAACUGAAAAUCACAGCAAUGCUUGGUGUCUUGGCUGAUGGGAGGAAGUUACCUCCAUACAUCAUUUUGAGGGGAACGUAUAUCCCCCCGGGGAAGUUUCCCAGUGGGAUGGAAAUCCGCUGCCACCGGUAUGGGUGGAUGACUGAAGACUUGAUGCAGGACUGGUUGGAAGUGGUGUGGAGACGGAGGACGGGAGCGGUGCCCAAGCAGCGAGGGAUGCUGAUCUUGAAUGGCUUCCGGGGCCAUGCCACAGAUUCCGUGAAGAACUCCAUGGAAAGCAUGAACACUGACAUGGUGAUCAUCCCAGGGGGUCUGACCUCACAGCUUCAGGUGCUGGACGUCGUGGUCUACAAGCCACUGAAUGACAGCGUGCGGGCCCAGUACUCCAACUGGCUUCUGGCUGGGAACCUGGCUCUGAGCCCAACCGGGAAUGCUAAGAAGCCGCCCCUGGGCCUCUUUCUGGAGUGGGUCAUGGUCGCAUGGAAUAGCAUCUCAAGUGAGUCCAUCGUCCAGGGGUUCAAAAAGUGCCAUAUCUCCAGCAACUUGGAGGAGGAAGACGACGUCCUGUGGGAAAUCGAGAGUGAGUUGCCAGGAGGAGGAGAACCACCAAAAGAAUGUGACACCGAAAGCAUGGCUGAGGGCAACUGAAGGGAAAGGGAAAGCAAAUGGAACUCUGAUUGAAACAGCUGGAGAGGAAAAUCCUCAAGAAGAUUAUUCCUGAAAGUGUGGAUGCGCUGGAUGCACAGGGAACAUCAGGAAAAGGCCACAGGGCUCUGAACAGCCCGGACUCAGACAGCAGCCUAUACAUCCAUCCCAGGACACAGCCCAGCCCCUCCCCACACCAUAAAAGGUAUCAGAAAAGUCUAGGACCUAUCAUUUCAUCAGAGACAUGCUCAGAAAAGAAACUGCUUCUGCCCCAUUUCUUGUUUUGGAGAUUAUCCCAAGAAACCUGUAAAUAUGAACGAACAAAGGUUAUUUCCUGGAGAAAAGACAGUUUGUUCAACACCAACAAGGGACUCAUCAUAUGGGCACAACUCUGGUGUCCUUCUAUGGAGAAAACCUCGAGUAAAGUUUUAUUCUGCCUUUGAAAAUGCUUCCAAAAGUAGACCCUGUCCCCACACAGGUCAAGGCUACAGAGAAGGCUUUGUAGAAAUGUGUCACUUACGUACACCUGCUACUUACACAUUUCCUCCUUUGGAAAAAUGAGAUAUUUAGGAUAACAAGAAAAUUAAGACAUACUGGCCUGGUGCCAGCAGAUGGCUUUUCUAUAGACAAACUAGGUUAGUGUGGAAGAUAUAGGUUAAAAUAAACUAUGCUGUUUUAUUUAUCUUCCCAACCUGAUUGGCAGCUAGACUUUUUUUAGGGUCCCAUUUAGUGGCCCUGUUUUUUUCAUUAUUAUAUUUAAUGAUAGGGCAGGAUUUCGUAUGCAAGCUCUUGUUUCUCAGGCUGCCUGCAGAAGAAGUCACUAUAAAUUAUCUGCUGUCUACAUGGUACAAGGCCCAUUGACUCAUUUGAUGCUUGUUUUGUUAAUUUCUUUUAAUAUUUUUAUCACAGGGGCAGUGGGAGGGCUUGGGCUUUUAGCCACAGCUGUUUUAAGACUUCUGAUCUCCUGCCCUGCAGGAAUAGGUGGGAGGUCAUUGAAUUUUUACACUAUAAUAAUUUGCAUUCCCACAUAAGUUUGAGUGUUAGGAAAACAUUCCUUUAAAGCGAUCUGUGCUACAAAAAAUAUGCCAGGACUUCACAGACAAAGCCAUUGCUAGAAAUGUCAUUCCAAUGAUCAAAUCUGGAAACAGGCUGCCAUAACCACUUUUCCUUCCUGUAGACUCAGCUCACCUGUAUAUUAAACUGUUUUUGGCAUCUUGAAAUACCUACUUCUACUCAGGUACUCAUUUUCCUAUUAGUGAUUCACCUUUCUGAUCCUUUUAAACCAGUUUUCCCCUAAGGGGGGAAAUUUUACUUAACCUCUAGUAUCUGAACAACUGUCAAUAUUUGAAUUGUUUCCCCAUUUGCUUUUUACCUGUACUGUGUUCUUGGUCAUCUCAAAUGGCAUCUAAACCCAGCUACUUUGCAUUCCAGAAGUUUCCAUUCCCUCCAAUUCCACCUAAUUUUUCAUCUGUCCUAGUUACUGGCUCUUUCUUCUUCAUCUCUUAUUUCUCUUGCUUUGGGAGCUUAAAAGAUUUUACAAGACCUAAUUUUGGGUUCCUUCCUUGGAGCCAUAAUUACCCUGCCGAGAAGAGUGGAAAAUGGGUUCAACUCCUGUUUCACUCCACCAACACCUCCGUGAGUCUCAUCAUCGGCUACGCGAUGAUGCCUUACAGGUUGCAUAGCACUGGAACUUUCCUAGAGUAACGGCUCUGCUGCCAGGGUUUCUCUGGGCUCAUUCUUCCACUGACUUAAUUAUGAUCUAUGCCUAACAGAGCCCCAGUACAACUAUUUUGCAGAAUGGCUGUUACCCUAGAAUUACUAUAGCACAUAUUGAGACAUAGUUGUACUCCCUAGUAGAUAGGAACUGACCCCAACAAUAAACUUUGAUAAUAAAGACAA